UUUUUAUGUAGAGUUCUUAGCUCUUGUCUUUAUCUUGAUUUGUUUAUUUGAUUUCAGUUUUGUUCUUGUCUCCUGAGGGAGUCUUGUUUCUUAUUCUAUUUAAUCAGUGACUGUUUUAUUUGGUUUAUCUUUGAACCAGAAGCGGUAAAUAUUCCCUUUUUUUUAGCUACAAACAUUUGGUUAAAUUCAUGAUGCUUCUUGUAAAUAUUUUUUGUGAUAUGUUUUCAUGUGAGCUGAGAUUUUCAUAAUUUUGUUGUUUUAAUUAUCCGAAGCUGGAUCAAAUGCCUUGCCAAGAUUUUGAUCAGUGGACCCCAAAAAAACUGAGAUCUCUAUGCAGUAUAUACUUCAUGGCAGAGAAUCACUGGCUCUGUCUGAUGCAUUCAAUGUUGUUGUGCUUGUGUUACUUAUCACUCACUAGCAUUGAUUAUUAAAGUGAACUGGUGCAUCCGAAACCACUCUGAGCAAAUCAUCUCCAGGAUCUCUGAGAGUGCCUAAACUGACCCGCAUUACGACUAGAUCUGAACCUAAUACUCCUUCACCAACUCAACAACACUCACGACUUGACCGCUCUUCUGCUAAUUCAAAGCCUCCUUCUGAAAAGAGGUCUCCUAAAGUUCCAACUCCACCAGAAAAAACUCAAACACGGGCUGUGAGAGCAUCAGAGUCUCAUCAGCCUAGGUUGGUCCAGAUGAAGGAAGAUCUGAGGAGAGCGAAUGAGGUGAUAGCAUCGCUAGAGGAUGAAAAGGCUAAAGCACUUGAUGAGCUGCUCAAAGCGAGGAAAGACGCUGAAGAGGCUUCAGAGAAGGUCGAAGAGGCCUUGAAAGCUCAGAGAGAGGCAGAGGAGAGUUCCGAAAUCGAGAAAUUCGAAGCCGUGGAGGCAGGGAUAGAGGCAGUUCAGAGAAAAGAAGAAGAGAUGAAGAAAGAAAUCGAGAGACUCAAGAGCAACCACGCUUCCGAAGCUUCAGCUGCUCUACGGGAGCUGGAGAGAGUGAGGCAAGAGCUGGUGGCAGCUAACGAGGCCAAGAGCAAGGCUCAGAGCGAAGCAGAUGAGGCUACCAAGAUGGCUGCCAUCCACGAGGAGAAAGUGGAGAUCUUAUCCUCUGAGCUGAUACGGUUGAAGGCUUUGCUGGAUUCCACCAGGGAGAAGGAAACAAUCUCAAACAAGGAGAUUGCUUCGAAGCUAGGAGGGGAGAUAGAUGUUCUGAGAAGAGAGCUUGAGAAGGCGAGAGGUUUUGAAGCAGAGGUAAAGGAGGUGGAGAUGGUCGUGGAGAGGCUUAAGGGGGAGUUAGAAGCUGCGCAAGGUUGUGCUGAAGAGUGGAGAAACAGAGCAGAAGAGUUGGAGGAAGCUGAUGAGCUCAAGAGAUCUGCAUUGGUUUCUCUUGUAACUGUAAGGAAGCAGCUGGAAGAAAGCGACGGUAGAUUGGAGGGUAUGGAGUCCAAAGUCACUGAUCUCAAGGAGAAGAUCAGGUUGUUGGAGACGGUGGUUGCUAGGAAGGAGGAGGCUCUUGAGGAGUGUGAAGAGCGGUUGAGUGUUGCAGAAGUAGAGUUAUCUAAGGCCGAGAGAGAGCUUGAAACUGUGAAGGAGGAGGUGUUAAAGAAGGAGCGAGAUGCUAUGGAAGAGAGAAGCAAGCUCUUGUCAGAGCUGGGGAGAUGGAAAGAGGAAGAGGAGAAGAGCAAGAAAGCUAUGGAGAGUUUAGCUUCAGCAUUGCACGAAGUGUCAAGCGAAGCACGCGAGUUGAAAGAAUCUGAACGGCAAGUGGAAGAUCUGAAGCUGGUCAUGAGAGAAACGAGCGACAAGUACGAGAAGAUGCUGGAGGAGGCGAGGCAUGAGAUAGAUGUUCUCGUCAACGCGGUGGAGCAGACCAAGAGAGAGUUAGAGAGCUCGGUGGUGGACUGGGAGAUGAGAGAAGCGGGUUUGGUUAGCCAUGUGAAGAGAUUCGAUGAGGAGGUUUCUUCAAUGAGUAAAGAGAUGAACAGGUUGGGUGGUUUGGUGAAAAGGACUAAGGAGGAAGCUGAUGCGGCGUGGAAGAAGGAAGCAGAGAUGAGAGAUGGGUUGAAAGAAGUGGAGGAUGAGGUGAUUUAUCUUCAGGAGACUCUCAGGGAGGCGAGAGCUGAGAGUUUUAAACUGAAUGAGAAAAUGUUGGAUAAGGAGACAGAGUUUCAGAGCGUUGUUCAUGAGAAUGAUGUGCUCAGAGUGAAGCAGGAUGAGUCUCUGAAGAAGAUCGAUGAGUUAACGAGGCUACUAGAGGAAGCUUUGGCUGAGAAACAUGAUAAUAAAGUUGAGGUCAGUGAGAGCGAGAAGGACUAUGAUUUGCUUGAGUUCUGUGAGGAGAAUGGUCAUAGAAGUGUAGAAGAGAAGGACAGAGAAGAGAAAGAUGAUAAUAGAGUUGAAGUUGAAUUUAAAAUGUGGGAAAGUUGUGAGAUUGAGAAGAAAGAAGCUUUCCCCAAGGAGAAACCAGAGCAAGAGGCUCCAAAAGAAGAAGUAGAAGACCAAAGCGAGAAAACAUCACCUGAAAACAUGAAAGAAAGCAGAGAAGAUCGGGUGGUGAAUGAGGAGAAGGAGAAGAAGAUUAAGAAGAAGACUCUGUUUGGUAAAGUUGGGAAUCUUCUAAAGAAGAAAGGACCUGUGAAUCAGAGAUAAAAUGAAAAACAUCUCUUUGAUUUUUCACUACAGUUUUUUUUUCUGUGUGGUAUUGCUUAUUACAUGAUGCAGAUACACACAUCUCUCUUCAUAUCAUCUUGACUUAUUCCUAUGUGUUCUUAUAUUUUUCUUUUGUGUUUAUGGCUUCUGAAAUAGGUUUUGUA